UGGGUUUAGACUUAUCCAUAAUCAAGCAGCCCAAAUCCCAACCAGCAUGGUUUUUUUUUUUUUAUGUAUUUCCCAUUCUAUAUUCUGGCGAUAAUAUAAAAUAAAAUAAAACCAAAAAUUAUUGGGCAGGAAAGACAAAAAUAAUUUGAGCUCCUUCGUCUCCGUUAACCAACUCUUCGUGUUUUCUUCUUCCGAAUCCCUGCUUUGAUUUCCCCCCCCGGAAUUCCUGCUAUUCUCCUCUCCCUUCUCAUGGCCGUCACUCCCGGCACUUUUCCGGCCAGAAAACGGCCACCGUCCUCCUCCCUCCGAUUAUCCGAUUCCAAACUGACCCGAUCCCUCUUUCUCCUCUCUCACGAGUUAUCCUCUCUCCAGCCCCUCCGCUUCAUCCUACGUCUCAAUUCCCUUUGUAUCAUUCGCCGAAUGAAAACCCUCGCCGCAGUCCUCGAUGAUCUUCUGCGUUUUCAGUUUGUCUACUCGCACUCGGUUCAGCUUUGCUUCGAGGAAAUGCACAUCCUUAUGCAGAGGGCGAAGACCUUGAUCGACGAUUGCUCCCAUGGAAGCCAGCUCUCUUUGCUCAUGCACAUAGAAACCGUCUCCUUCCAUUUCCACGAGCUCAACAUCGAUUUAUCCACUCUUCUAGAUAUUUUGCCCGUCAAGGAGUUCCCUCUCACCGAUGACGUCGCAGAGCUCGUGAUUCUCCUCAGAAAACAAUGCUCCCUAUCGAAGCCCUCCGUCGAUCCACGAGAUGACGAUCUCCGGCGAGAGGUGAUCGACCUCAUCGAUGGGAUCGGACGCCAGAUCGCCCCUGAUCACUCCAGGCUCAGAGCGAUUUUCACCGCCCUAGGGUUCCGUGAUUCCUCCAGUUGCACCAACGAAAUCGAGAGAUUGGAGGACGAAAUCCAGAAUCAGAUCGACGAGCGAUCCAAAUCAAUGGCUGCUUCUCUCAUUGGACUCGUGCGUUACGCGAAAUACGUGCUACACGGCACGUCACCGCCGCCACAGCCGGAAAUCCGCCGCCACAAGUCGGUGUCGGAGAUAAGCAUCCCUUCGGAUUUCCGGUGCCCAAUCACGCUGGAGCUAAUGCGCGAUCCGGUGGUUGUAUCAACCGGGCAGACGUACGAUCGCGAGUCAAUCGAGCUCUGGAUCCAAUCGGGACACAAUACUUGCCCGAAAACUGGUCAAACCUUCAAGCACACCGACCUCAUACCCAACCGAGCCUUGAAGAACCUCAUCGUGAUGUGGUGCCGUGAGCAGAAGAUACCGUUCGAGUCCUCCACCGAAGGCGGCGGCCAGAGAACCGGCGGAUGCACCGAACCGUGCAAGGAGGCCGUGGAGUUUACGAGGAUGACGGUUUCGUAUCUGAUCAACAAACUUUCCGUCUCUUCCACCAUGGACGAGUCAAACAGCGUCGUCCACGAGCUCCGUUCGCUCGCCAAGUCGGACUCCGUUGCCCGAGUCUGCAUCGCUGAGGAAGGAGCCAUACCGAAGUUGGUCCGCUGCGUCGGCUCGGAGCACCCGGCUCUCCAGGUAAACGCUGUCACGACGAUCCUCAACCUCUCAAUCCUGGAGGAAAACAAAACGAGGAUCAUGGAAACCGACGGAGCUCUAAAUGGCGUCAUCGAAGUCCUCCGGUCGGGCGCGACGUGGGAGGCGAAGGCCAACGCCGCAGCGACGUUGUUCAGCCUGUCGGGUGUUGCGUCGUACAAGAGGCGGCUGGGGAGGAAGACACGUGUCGUGAAGGGAUUGGUGGAGCUGGCGAAGCAUGGGCCGACGAGCUCCAAGAGAGACGCGCUGGUAGCGAUCCUGAACCUGGCGGGGGAGAGGGAUAAUGUGGGGAGAUUCGUGGAGGGAGGGGUGGUGGAGGUCGCUGGAGAGGCGUUCAGGGAGCUGCCGGAGGAGGCGGUGGCGGUGGUGGAGGCGGUGGUGAGGAGGGGAGGUCUCAUGGCGGCGGCGGCGGCGUUUGGGCAGAUACGGCGGCUGGGGGAGCUGCUGAGGGAAGGGGCAGAGGCGACGAGGGAGAGUGCGGCGGCGACGCUGGUGACGAUGUGCCGGAAAGGAGGGUCGGAGAUGGUGGGAGAGAUGGCGGGGAUCCCCGGGAUAGAGAGGCUAAUAUGGGAGAUGAUAGGGACGGGGACGCCGAGGGCGCGGCGGAAGGCGGCGUCUCUCAUGAGGUAUCUACGGCGGUGGGCGGCCGGGAUGGAUAACGCCGGUGAUUCCCAUGACCAGGCGGCUGAUACGCAGAGCAUUGUCGUCCCAACUUCAAGUAGGAUUUUUUGAGUUUUGUUUUUUCUUCUGCUGCCUUUUUGUGUGUAUGUGAAGUUAGUUGGGAUUUGGAGGAUGGGAGGGUAUUUUUACUCGUAACAGAAACAAAAGGGAAAUUGUGAAUAAUUUUUCCUUGUUCUCAAAAGUUGUAAAUGUAAUUCAUUGAGAGAAAAAAAAAAAGUAUAAACAUUUGUGUUUUUUUUCAA